UUUCGUUAAGUUGCUUUUGGUCACACAGAACAACCAAGAUGAACCGAAAAUAAAGUCACCCGUACAAAUUAAAACACAAAUUAUUACCCCAAAAUAAAAAAAUGUUCCACUAUUUUUAAUUUUUUGGGGUUAGAUUACAGUCAAAUAUGGAUCAAUUAAAUUUAUACGAAGUGCUUGGCGUGGCCCCAGACGCAGGAGAAGAGGAAAUAAAAAAGAAUUAUCGCAAAUUGGCCAAGGAGUUUCAUCCAGACAAAAACCCAAAUGCUGGCGAUAAGUUUAAGGAGAUAUCGUUUGCCUAUGAAGUGCUCUCAGAUCCCGAGAAGCGACGAAUAUACGACCGUUACGGAUUGAAAGGCCUACAAGAGGGCGCUGAGGGAUUCACCGAUGCGUCUGAAUUUUUUUCACAGUGGUUCCCCUUUGAACGGGCUUCGCAAGGGGGGCGUGGAAGGCGUGAUGGUAAGGUCGUGGUCAAGAUGGAGGUGACACUAGAGGAAAUAUACGUUGGAGGCAUGAAGAAGAACCUUGAGUACAAACGCCAUAAGCUCUGUGGAAAGUGCAACGGCGACGGUGGUCCCAAGGAGGCUCGUGAAAGCUGUGAGGCAUGCGGCGGUGCUGGACGAGCGACCGCAUUUACCUUUAUGGGCCUUAGUGCGUUCGACGCGCCAUGCCCAGCUUGUGAUGGACGUGGAUUCACCAUCAAGGAUAACAUGAAAUGCACUCCGUGUCAGGGUAUCGGGUUCGUUGAGCAGAAGAUGAAGCGCGAUUUGGUCGUGGAACGUGGAGCGCCGCACAUGUUGAAGGUUCCGUUCGCCAACGAAGGAAAUCAAAUGCGUGGCGGAGAGUUUGGAGAUUUAAUCGUCGUAAUUGUUCAACUGGAGCAUUCGCUUUUCCAACGUCGACAUGCGAAUCUUUAUAUGCGGGAUCUAGAGAUCAAUCUCACCGAGGCGUUGUGCGGCUACACGCACUGUUUUAGGCACUUGGAUGGGCGGAAUGUGAGUCUGCGAACCAAACCAGGUGAAGUGCUGCAGCACAACCAUAUCAAGAUGGUCCGUGGUUGCGGAAUGCCGGUUUUUAAUCAAGCCACGGAUAAUGGAGAUCUAUAUUUGAAAUUCCGUGUUACCUUUCCAGACAACGAUUUUGCCACAGCUCCUCAACUGGCCAUGCUGGAAGACCUUCUGCCUCCGAGGCAAAAGGUUGUGAUACCCCAAAAUGCUGAGGAGGUCCAAUUGAUCGACUAUAAACCGCAGCCCAGGCAGGCUAAUCAAGACGAUGACGAUGGUAGUUCACCACACUUCGAGGGCGUGCAGUGCCAGACAGCUUAGUGCAUGUGGCUAUGGUUCCUGCAGGCGCGGUUCCUUUGUCUCGAUCUGGUCCAUAUCGUGGGCACGUUGGGGGUCGAUGAGGCCUGCUUUCUGGUGCCAUUUCUCGUCCUGAUCUGCAUAGUAUUAUUUUUCAUACAGGAAUGUUUGCUGUGAAAAGCACGUGAUCCAAAUUGGUAGUAUACAUACAUACGUCGUGUAGGGGCUAAACUACAGCUAAAGCUUAACAAAAGCCGAUCUGAUCUUCAAUUUUAGUGUCGAUAUAUAAUACCAAUGCUAAAUAAAAUUUAAGCACUGAUUUUUUUUUUUAUUUUGUUCCUAACUCUUGCCCUACUUACCAACAAUAAACGAAAUUGCGCAUCUACAAGAAUCUUGGAAAA